AAUUCUUGUUGUUGUAUAGAAAAUGUUUGCCCGUCCGAGUAACGAGGAGCUUACUUUGGAUAGAAUAAACCAGUUUUGUGGAUGGAAAAAUCUUAAACCAAAGAGUCACGUGGUUCCUUCUAGGAAAGGGACCACUCUUUGUGGCAAUCUGUGGACUCAGGUGGAUAGUAACUGUGUGAAGUUGGAAGUUUUUUCUAGUUCAGAACGAAUAACCUUUGAUGAAGCUAUAAAAAAAUCAUAUCAAGCAACUCAUGUUGGUGAACAGUUUGGUCCAUCAUGGUCUACUCACUGGUUCAGGCUUUCCUAUAUUAUUCCAUCCUAUAUGGAAGGACAGGAAGUACACUUGCUAUGGGAUAGCAACUCUGAGGCUCUCGUAUGGAGUUCCAACGGCCAUCCACUACAAGGGUUGACAGGUGGAAUAGGUAACAUGGUAAGGUAUGAUAUGAAGUUAUCAAAUGCAGCAAAGAAGGAAGAAAGUGGUAUAUUAUUCAUAGAAAUGGCUUGCAAUGGUCUCUUUGGCAAUGGUGCUGGUGGCACUGAGGAACCACCCGAUCCUUGUCGAAAAUUCCAAUUGUCUGAGGCUGCAAUUGCAGUAUUUCGAAGAGAUAUUUGGAACAUUCUUUGUGAUUUUACUAUUCUAAAAGACAUGAUAGCUUUUCUACCAAAGGGCAAUCCAUGGAGGGAACGUGCAUUGGUAUUAGCGAAUGCAGUCAUUAAUGAAUUUUCAUUCCAUGAUAAGAAAAAGAUUGUAAAAUGUGAAGAAAUUCUACGAAACUUUUUGAAGCAGAAAAAUGGAGAUGGACAAGCCAUGAUUGCAGCAGUUGGACAUUGUCAUAUUGAUACAGCCUGGUUAUGGCCUUAUGAUGAGACUAUUAGAAAAUGUGCUCGGAGUUGGGCUACACAGUUGACAAACAUGGAAAUGUUUCCAAAAUAUAAAUUUGCAUGUAGUCAAGCACAACAAUAUGAAUGGGUGAAGAAAUAUUAUCCCCAACUUUGGAGUAGAAUCUCAGAUAAAGUGAAGAAUAAUCAAUUUAUACCUAUUGGAGGAACAUGGGUUGAGAUGGAUUGUAAUCUGCCUAAUGGAGAGAGUCUCAUAAGGCAAUUUCUUUUUGGCCAAAAGUUCUUCCAAAAAGAAUUUGGAGUCAGAACAAAAGUAUUUUGGUUACCAGAUACAUUUGGAUAUGCACCACAGUCUGGAUGGGAUGGUAGCCAAGUUUUGGCGCACUUUCCUCCGGCUGAUACAUACAAUGCUCUUGGAACAGUUGAUGAAGUCCUCAAAUCUGUUUCAAACAAUCACGAAAUUGGUGUUUAUAACAGUUCUCUUAUGUUAUUUGGGCACGGCGAUGGAGGCGGUGGGCCUACUCCAGCAAUGUUGGAGAGUCUAUCUCGUAUGGAAAACAUAGCAGGUUUGCCUAGAGUCAACUUGGAUACAACGCCCACCAAAUUCUUUGAGGAAAUGGAGAAACAUAAAAAUGAGUUGCCAGUAUGGUUGGGUGAGCUUUACCUGGAGGAACACAGAGGUACUUUAACAAGUCAGUCAUUUGUGAAGAGAGACAACAGGAGAGCAGAAGAAAUGAUGAAGGAAAUUGAAGCAUUGUAUUCAAUAUUGUAUGCCUGUUAUGAUGUCUCUUAUCCUCAUGAGACUAUUAAUCAGUUGUGGAAGUAUAUUCUGUUGAACCAAUUCCACGACGUUUUACCUGGAAGUUCCAUUGGGGACGUUUACAAAGACGUAAGAGUAUAUUACAAGAAAAUCUUCGAACAAGGAAAACAACUUUUAAACAAAGGAUUGAGUUUAUUCCAUUCAAGUCAUAAUAGCUCCAACAAUGGUUCUAGCAGCAAACUUCAGCUGAGAUUGGAUACUUCCAGUAUUGCACUUGUAGAUACUCAAGUUGUUUCUAACGGCCAUGAAAGUCCUGUCUCUUUAGAAGAAGGCGAAGACUCUAUAAAAAUGUCGAAUGGGAAGAUAGAUGUCGUGCUGGAUAAACAUGGAAGACUUUGCUCUUUAAAAAGUCGAGAUACGGAUAGAGAUUUCAUCGCUCCAGGUCAUUUUGGAAACAGUCUUGUGCUUUAUGAAGAUGUUCCCACUGCAUUUGAUGCAUGGAAUAUUGAAUCUUAUUCCGAUGACAAGCCUUUACCUAUGCAACAACCACCGAAUUACAAGAUUCUAUCAAAAGGUCCUCAGGAAGUUGCAGUCCAGUUUUCUUAUUCACUUGGGGAGAAUAGCACUCUUGAUCAAGUCAUUAAGCUCCGUGCAGGAUCCGAUAUGCUCCAAUUCAAAAAUCAGUGUUACUGGAAUGAAAGCUUCAAAAUGCUACGUGUGGAAUUUCCUACAAGUAUUCGUUCAGAAAGAGUUGCUUAUGAGACUCAAUUUGGAUAUGUAAUGAGACCGACUCACCGCAACACAUCUUGGGAUGCUGCCAAGUUUGAAGUUUGCGGACACCGCUUUAGUGAUAUAUCAGAACCUGGUUAUGGUUUAGCCCUAUUGAACGACAGUAAAUAUGGACACUCUGCAAAAGGAAGUACACUGCGGCUUACAUUAUUAAGAUCACCAAAGAGUCCAGACAAGGAAUGCGAUAUGGGAUAUCACACCUUUUCUUAUGCAGUGCUGCCACAUACUCCUGAAUUUCCAUGUGCGCAAGUAUAUCGAGCUGCUGAUGAUUUAAAUAGAGAAUCGAGUCGAGAGAGUGGAUGGACUUGUUCUACAACAGAAGGAAAGCCAAGUUUUAGUAUUUCAGUAGAAGCACAAGAUGGAAGAGAUGGUAUUCUUAUAUCGACCCUUAAAAAGGCUGAAGAAGAAAAUGCUUUGAUUCUUCGUAUAUAUGAGUCGCUUGGCCGUCACUGUUCUAGUGUUAUUCGACUUGCUCAACAGUUACCGUUAGCUGAGGUUAAAGCAGCCAACUUGUUGGAAGAGGAAGAAAGUCAAACUACAAAUGAUUCUGCCGCAAUUUCCAGAAACAAUCGUAACAUACAAGUCACUUUAAGGCCAUUCGAAAUUGUUUCUCUCAAGUUGAAACUCAGUAGUGGAUAAUUAUUUGGAUGUUUUUUCGAGGGUUGUUUUUGUAAAAGUUUUAUUUUCAUUUGAUUUGCGUUUUUAGUCGAAUCUGUUUCAGCUGUUAUUGCCACCGUUUGGUAAAGAGACAUUCCUUGUCCAACAGGGAAACGCUAUGUGAUAAAACAUCUAAUUCAGCC